UAUAUAAACGUACACAUAAUGGAACUCCACUUUUCCAUUCUCUCCAGCCUCUUGCAGCCUUUGCCUUUUCUCCUUGGACUCAGCUAUAGCUUAUAAGCAAGUUAAUCUCAUCUUGUUGGCGUGGUAACGGGCAUAAGAAUCAUAGGAGGAUAUGGGUCUUUGCUAUGGAUCUCUCGCUCAUGAGUCUGAUCCUACUGCCAGCACCUCACUACCUACGACUCCUGCAACAUCAAGCGGCAAGAACAUGGGAUCAUCGGGGACAAGCAGCAGUACCGGGAAGAGUCAAUUUUCAGAGGGAACAAUUGGAAGCGUUGACGAGUCAUAUCCUGAUGGGAAAAUCCUGGAAAUGCCCAACUUGAAAGAAUUCAGCCUUUCGGAUUUAAAGACGUCGACCAGGAAUUUCAAGACGGAUUCUUUGUUGGGAGAGGGAGGCUUUGGGAAAGUUUUCAAGGGUUGGAUGGAUGAGAAGACACUCACACCCUGUAAGGUUGGCACCGGCAUGCAGGUUGCUAUCAAGAAAUUGAGCUCACAAAGUACGCAAGGUUUCCAAGAGUGGCAGUCAGAAGUAAAUUUUUUAGGAAGACUAUCUCAUCCCAACCUGGUCAAGCUACUGGGGUACUGUUUGGAGGAAAAAGAGCUACUACUUGUGUAUGAGUACAUGCAGAGGGGGAGCUUGGAGAAUCAUCUUUUUAGAAGGAAUCCUAACAUUGAACCGCUUUCUUGGGACAUACGACUCAAAAUAGCUAUUGGAGCAGCUCGCGGCCUGGCUUUCCUACACACUUCAGAAAGGGAAGUCAUAUACAGAGAUUUUAAGGCCUCAAAUAUACUGCUUGAUGAGAACUACAAUGCAAAAAUCUCAGAUUUUGGCUUGGCAAAACUGGGGCCUUCUGGUGGUGACUCCCAUGUGACAACUAGGAUUAUGGGCACAUAUGGUUAUGCUGCUCCAGAAUAUAUAGCAACAGGUCAUUUGUACGUGAAGAGUGAUGUGUAUGGCUUCGGUGUGGUGCUGCUUGAAAUUCUAACGGGUUUACGGGCACUUGAUACGAAAAGGCCUAGCGGGCAGCAAAAUCUGGUUGAAUGGCUUAGACCAUCUCUUUCUAAUAAAAGAAAGUUGAAAACCAUUAUGGACACAAGGAUGGAGGGCCAAUAUUCAUCGAAGGCAGUGUUACAGGCAGCAGAACUCACUUUAAAAUGCCUGGCAUCGGAUCCAAAAGGCCGCCCUUCUAUGAAAGAAGUGGUGGCGGCUUUGGAACUUAUUGAAGCAAUCAAGGGAAAUCCAAAGAAGUACAAAAUCAAAUCUACUGCUGCAGCUCAAGGCCAACACCAUAAUCAUCAUCAUUCUUCCUUUCAUGCUAGGCACCGUGGUGCUGAAACUUGAUACAAACAUAAAUAUUUACAUAAAGCAAUGUGAAGUAAUCUUUUUUUUUUUUUUAGUUAGUGAUCUCUUUGGAUUGAAACAAUUUUGCUGUUGUAGCUCACCAGUUCUGUGCGAUGGGGUGUGUUUAUUGUAAUUCUCUAUUGUAAUACCCAAUGCAAUGAAAUUCUAACGUUAAUCCCA